CCGCGCGACAUCUUUCCUUGAAGGACUCCGGAAUCUUUGGUGGUGGUGUUUUGCGAGCCAGUGUGGAAACGGGCGCCCAUCCGACCUCGACCUCUUUCUACCCCACGACCCCGUCACAUCCAUCCACAUCUCCAUCCAUACCUUCAACCUCGUAGUAGUAUCUCCACGGUCUCGCCUCGGGUGGUCGCAUCUCCAGUCGCAUCCAAAAUAAAAGAAAAAAAUAGACCACAAUGGCCGCCCUCACACCCUCCCGUUCCGUCUUCGCCUCGACGUGCAAGACUGUUGCCCAGCAAUGCUCUAGGCGACCUGUCGCUGUCCAACAACUCGCUGCCGUCCCCGUCGCCCGCCAGGUCUCGUCGUCGUCGGCUGUCCAACAAGAACAAGAUGCUUCCGGCAGCAGCAGCUCGCAGCAGCCCAGGCCAAGGUGGUCCUACACCCCCGAGCGCAUGAAGGGCCCCGGUUUCUCCCUCAACCUCGUCAAGGACCCCAGGCGCAAGCAGUGGAUGGUCAACAGCGACCCGGCAAAGUUGGAUGCCUUUUACGACGCCUUCCUUGGCCAGGGCGGCAGCAGGAUGCUAUCAGAGGAGACCAAGUGGCUGGCCGUCACCCACAAGAGUUUCGACUACGGAAGGAGAGGUUACAACACAAGGCUGGCUUUCCUCGGCCGUCAAAUAAUCGCCCUCGAGACGACCCGCUCUAUUCUCACCAGCCCCGUCCUUAACGAGCCCAUCGUCGACAAGUACGGCCGCACGCCCUACAACCACGCCGCCCUGGCCAACAUCGACAAGCUCAUCUACACGCAACCGCUAGACAUUAUGGACAAGACCAAGAUCGCACGGAUGGGCAUCGACUUUGGCUUGCUCACCGUCAUGCGGUGGAAGCCCAGAAUGCCCGAAGAUCUCGAAUCCUCCGGUGUCGUCGUCGUCCUCAACUCCACCCUCUUCGCCAUCAUUGGCGCCAUCUCGUUAGAAAAGGGUGCCGCUGUCGCUCAGCGCAUCGUCAGAGAGAAGAUCCUCAAGAGGCUCGGAGCGUGAGGAGCGCGAAGAAGAGAGAAAACAGAAAGUGAAGAAAGAGAAGAAGCAUCCCUUUAUUGUAUACACCCCUGUACUAUAUCGAUGGGCAUAGAGGCUGGCAUAAUCCCGCAUACCCAUUUCAUACCUGCGGGCCGGAGU